GUGAUAUCCUAGGUUUAUUUCCAAUAAGCAUCAUUGUGAUUUCCAAGAAGAUAAAUGAAGGAACAUGAGAAAAUAACAAAAGAUCAAGCUCACACCAGUCACCACCACUCUUGAUGGUUUUGCACUCUGGGAUUUUGUAGCUCUCACAAAUCUAUUGGUAGUCAUCAAUAAGAUUGCCAAAUCCAAAUUACUCGCUUAUGAGUUUGCCAUACAUUCAUAAUGAUUGAGGUAGUUUCAAAGUCAAAAUUAUAUGCGGUAAAAAUGCACAAAAUGAUACGAACUUCGGAGUCAACGGAUUAAAAACAUCUAGACAAAGAUUCUAUCUGUUUUGCUCCCAAGAAUUUGCUGAUUAUCCAUAGAAGUCUUGGUUUGUAUCUGACUGCAGUAACAGUGAGAGACAAGAGGAGAACUGAUCACCUUGGGAUGAAAGGUUCACAGUUAAAGAAAGAGCAUAACAUAGAAUAUUUUACAGUUUCCAAAUUUGGUAUCUUUGUCAGAUAUGGGGUGCAAAAGAGAUUCACAUGGAGGAAGACAAAAUUUCCCAGCCACUGGGCAAUAGACACCGUUCACUUCUGUCCUUUGCCCCACCCAAUCAAUCACCUCUUCCAUAUCUUACCUUUCCUGUCAGCGAGACAGUGAUGAAUCGAAAGAUACCAAACACCCAAUCCCUCACCCACAGCUGUUGGAACUAGAUUCUUUGUCCUCACAUGGCCAGGUUUCAUUCCAGAAGCAUAGUUGGCAACAUCAUUAAUCCCCCUCGGCUUGAUCCCAAAACAAAAUCGUACCACCACUUUCCUCCAAUGGCGCUUCAUAAGGCUUAAAAGUUCUCUUCUUUGCACAGUUUUUGCUUACCAGUUACUAAACUCUCAAGAACCCAUGAUCAGGAUUUCCCAUUUCCUGAUCUGGGUUUGAUUCGGAUUUCGAAAUUUCGGAGGAAAUGUUGGAUCUUGCGAUGUACCAGAAUCUGGGUUCUUCACAAUUUCUGAUCUGCAGAAUGUUUCUCCAGGCUGAUAAGGAAUCCAGAAGUUCGCUUCUUUCGAGGGGAAUCUCCGGCGCAGGAUCCUCUGCGACGAGGAAUCAAGCUCUUCGCCUACCAAUGAGUCACCGGAAGAAUACAGUGGGGAUCAUUGCAGGAGUCUCUGUUUACUCUGCCCUCACUUUUCUAGAAAAGCUAGCUUGGAUGAGCUCGAAGGACGCCGAAGACUGCCCGCCGUUCCUUCUCAGCUACGAUCCAACAUUGAUUGCGCUGCGGCCCAAUUGUAGCAGCCCGGUGAUCGUCGACAACUUGCGUGGAAAAAGGAUGUUCUUGGAGCAGUCAGGAGUUCACUGCCUGGUUAUGCCAUGCCACGUUUCUCAUCAUUGGUACGGAGAGAUAUCGGAAGGAUGUCCCCUGCCUUUUUUCCAUUUCGGCAACUGCGUCGCCGGCGAGCUGAGGGAUGCUAAUCUGAAGCCGAUCGUCGGCGGGACAGCCGUCAGGAUUGGUGUGCUUGCCACGUAUGCAGUUCUUGAAGCUGGUUUUUACCAGGAGAUGUUGCAGAAACAGGGGUUUGAAGCUGUGGUGCCUGAUAAGGCGACAGUGAACCACAUUUUGAUACCUGGGAUUGAAGCGUUGAGCAAGGGGGACAUGGAGGGAGCUCAGAUCUUGUUGAGAAUAGCAAUUCAGAUACUUCUGGUGAGGGGAGUGAACAUUGUAAUUCUUGCUUCUGAUGAGAUUCAAGGGAUUUUGCCGGAUAAGGAUCCUCUUCUCAAGAAGUGUAUAAUUCCCAUGGAUGCCUUGGCAAGGGCAGUCUUGAGUUGGGCGAGAUUGAAAGGGCAGAUGCGCGCCAAUGAUCAUUCUGGCUACUAGUAAAAUGGGGUUCCUCUUGCUAUGUAGAUGAACAUAUAAACAUACACAAACCAUUUUGAUUCGACUGGUUGAUCACAGUUGGUACAGUCUGAUAAUCAACUUCUUGAUCAAUCGAAUCCACUCCAGUCUUGUUCCAGAAAGCAUCAUCAUCCCAAAUCGAAAAACAAAGGGGGUGUUGAUAC